CACAGGCUGCAGCUGAAGUGUCACUAUCCACACACAAGUCCAGGGAGAAGAGGUCCACUGCAGACAUGAGUCAAGUCUUGGAUAUAGAGCGCUGCGACUUGAACAUAAAGAGCAACAGCAGCAGCCAUCAUACAGAGCUGUUUGGAGAGGAGCGUUUGAUUGUGAGAAGGGGACAGCCCUUUAACGUCAUUUUACACCUGAAGCCUGGCAGCAAAGGGUUCACACCAGGAGAAACAACCUUCACUCUCACUGUUGAGACUGGUCCGUUACCCAGAAAAGAAUCGGACACUAAGGUUUCUUUUGGACUACAUGAGUCCACAGUGGACAGUGAGUGGAGCGCAUCUGCCACUCAAGAUCCCUCCGGAAACACCGUGUCUGUGUGUAUCAGUUCCUCACCCAACGCCCCCAUAGGAGUCUAUUCUCUGACUCUAGACCAGGAGGGGCAGAAGACCAGUUUGGGACAGUUCACCCUGCUUUUUAAUGCUUGGUGCUCCAGAGAUGCAGUUUACAUGCGCAGUGAGACGAAGAGGCAGGAGUAUGUCUUAGCACAACAUGGGCAAAUCUACAGAGGAACAUUUAAACGAAUCAAAGGGACUCCAUGGAACUUUGGACAGUUUGAACCAGGCAUACUGGAUAUCUGUCUCAAGAUCCUUGACGAAAACCCCAAAUUCAUUGCUGAUGCUGACAAGGACUGCUCUGCCAGGAGAAACCCCGUAUAUGUGACCAGGGUGCUGAGUGCUAUGGUCAACAGCAAUGAUGACAGAGGUGUGCUUGUGGGAUCGUGGUCAGAUUAUACAGGUGGGGUUCAUCCAGGAACGUGGAUUGGCAGCGGAGACAUUUUGCGCCAGUGGGCUGAAAGUGGGCCCGUCUGCUACGGCCAGUGUUGGGUCUUUGCUGCUGUUGCAUGCGCAGUGUCUCGUACCCUGGGCAUCCCAUGUCGAGUGGUUACUAACUUUGGAUCAGCUCACGAUACCGACGCCAACCUGGUGAUAGAAAAGCUGUAUAAUCAAGAUGGUGAAAAUAUUUCUGAUGAUUCCGUAUGGAACUUCCACGUUUGGGUGGACAGCUGGAUGGCUCGUCCUGAUUUGGGGUCAGAGUUUACUGGAUGGCAGACCAGUGACCCAACCCCACAGGAGACAAGUGAUGGUGUUUUCUGUUGCGGGCCGUGCCCUCUGAAGGCCAUCAAGGAAGGAGAGCUGACCAAGAAGUAUGAUGCUCCCUUUAUUUUUGCUGAGGUUAACGCAGAUGUGGUGGACUUGGUAUGCCUACCAAGUGGAGAGUUUGUCAAGUUCGCUGGAUCAACUAAAUCUGUUGGACGCUUCAUCAGCACUAAAUCUGUGGGCUCAGAUGAGAGGCAUGACAUCACACACCAGUACAAGUAUCCAGAAGGCUCAAAGGAGGAGAGGAUGGUUUAUGAGAAGGCUCAACACCGCAACAAGCUACAGCAGCAAGGAGAAGAGCCAGGGCUUCAUCUCAAGAUUAAACUGGCUGAUCAAAUGAUAGUGGGCUCGGACUUUGAGGUGUACGCUGUCCUUACAAAUAACUGCAUGGAUGCACGGACCUGCACCUUCCUGUUCUACGCCAAAGCUGUCGGCUACAACGGAAAACUGGGAGAAAGCUGCGGAUUUACUUCAGACAAAGUGGAGGUGCCCCCUGGAGAAGAAAAGCGUCUCUCCCUCAGACUGGAGUAUGACCGCUAUGGAUCAGCGAUCACCUCUGAUAGGACGAUCCAGGUGUCAGCCAUCACCAUCGACAAGCAGAUUACAAAUUACCAUAAAUCUGAGAAGAUCAUUGUGCUGGAUGAGCCAGAUAUAGACAUCAAGCUGGUGGGAGACGCUACAGUGAACCAGUCUGUGACAGCAGAGCUGACCCUGUUGAACCCAUUACCAGAGUCGCUGCAGGACUGCAGCUUCACCAUAGAGGGGGUCGGCCUCACUGACGGCAAACCAAUAACGGCAAAGAUUGGAACUGUAGGCCCCAAACAGGAGGCCAAGGCCAGCGUUGAGUUCAGUCCUACCGGUGCCGGCCCCAGCAUGCUGCUGGUGAACUUUGAUAGCAACAAACUGAAGAACAUCAAGAGCUCCAUUACUGUUGUUGUGAAGGAAUGAGCCACAGUGACUGCUUUUUAAAUGCUGUUUUUAUCCACGUAUUUAUCCAUAUACCACACUAGAAUAAACCAUACUACUAUACUAUCUACAAUUAUAUUUUUUUUUCUUGAGUGAUUUAUGAAUAGCUAUGAUCCACAUCCAUUAAACAUUAUGCACACUGCAUCAGUAGUAGGCCACAAUAAUGUCAUUAUCUGCACUAAUAUUAGAUAGUGGCAUAAACUACUUUAUGUGAAUCAGUAAUGUUGGUGUAUUAAUUUUGAUUUGG